AUGGGGCUGUUCAGGAAUUCUGUUUUCCUUUUAGUCCUCUGCCUGCUGCAGGGCUCAAAUACUUCCCUGAUUAAGCUGAAUAACAGUGGCUAUGAAGACAUUAUCUUUGCUAUUCACCCUGAUGUGCAAGAAGAUGAGAAUAUAAUUAAACAAAUAAAGGAUAUGGUGACUGCAGCUUCUACUUACUUGUUUGAAGCCACAGAAAAAAGAUUUUUUUUCAAAACUGUAUCUAUAUUAAUUCCUGAGACUUGGAAGGCAAGUCCUCAAUACAAGAGGCCCAGACUAGAGAGCUAUACACAUGCUGAUAUUGUAGUUGCACCACCGACCCUCCAAGGUAGAGAUGAACCGUACACAAGGCAGUUCACAGAAUGUGGAGAAAAAGGAGAAUUCAUUCACUUCACACCUGACUUUCUACUAGGAAAAAAAGAAAAAGAAUACGGACCAUCAGGUAGAGUGUUUGUCCAUGAAUGGGCCCAUCUCCGGUGGGGCGUAUUUGACGAGUACAAUGAAGAUGAGCCAUUCUACAGUUCUUCGUCGAAAAAAAUUGAAGCAACAAGGUGUUCUACAGGAAUCACUGGCACAAAUAAAGUAUACUGGUGUCAAGGAGACAGCUGUGUAACUAGAGCGUGCAGACUCGAUUCCAAGACAAAACUAUAUGAAAAAGAUUGUCAAUUCUUUCCUAACAAAGUUCAAAAUGAAAAGGCAUCUAUAAUGUUUAUGCAAAGUAUUGAUUCUGUCACUGAAUUUUGUAAUGCAAAAACCCAUAACCGAGAAGCGCCAAGCCUACAAAACAAAAAAUGUGACUCCAGAAGCAUAUGGGAAGUGAUUAGCAAUUCUGAGGAUUUUAACAACACUGUUCCUAUGGAAGAAACACCUCCUCCACCGGUCUUUUCACUGCUGAGGAUCAGUGAAAGGAUUGUGUGCUUAGUUCUUGAUAAAUCUGGAAGCAUGUCGACUGCUCAACGCCUACAGCGUAUGAAUCAAGCAGCUAAACAGUUUCUGCUACAGACCAUUGAAAAUGGAUCCUGGGUUGGAUUGGUUCAGUUUGAUUCUACAGCCACUGUCAAAAGUAACCUAGUCCAAAUAACAAGCAACAGUGAAAGAGAGGGGCUUGUGAAAAAUUUACCUACACAAGCUUCAGGAGGAACGUCCAUCUGCUCUGGAAUCGAAGCUGCUUUUCAGGUGAUUAAACAGAAGUUCAGUGGAACAGAAGGAUCUGAAAUAGUGCUACUGACUGAUGGGGAGGACAACACUGUAAGGAUGUGUCUGGAUAAAGUGAAGCAAAGUGGGGCAAUUGUUCAUUUGAUUGCUUUGGGACCAAGCGCUGAAGCAGCAGUAAAAGAGAUGAGUGAAAUAACAGGAGGAAGUCAUCAACUUGCUACAGAUCAACUCCAGAACAAUGGCCUCAUUGAUGCUUUCAUGGCCCUUGCAUCAGGAAACACAGAUGUCUCCCAGAAGGCUAUUCAGCUUGAAAGUAAGGGAUUAACUCUCAACAAUGGUCAAUGGAUGAAUGACACUGUAAUCAUUGAUAGCACAGUGGGAAAGGAGACAUUCUUUCUUGUAACAUGGUAUAAACAGCUUCCCAGUAUUUCUCUCCGCAAUCCCAAAGGCACACAGUUGGAGCUGACUUCCUGCUCUACUGCUAUAAAACUCUCAGACAUUUGUUUUUGUAUAGUAAUAGCCUGGCCUUAUUGAAAUUUUUAGGUUGGUGUUUGGACCUAUAAUCUUCAAGCCAAAGAAAACUCAGAAACAUUAACUGUAACAAUUACUUCUCGGGCAUCAACUUCUUCUGUGCCUCCAAUUACAGUGAACACCAAAAUGAAUAAAGACACAAACAGUUUUCCUAGUCCAAUGAUUGUUUAUGCAGAAGUUCAACAGGGGUUCUUACCUGUGCUUGGAGCUACUGUGACUGCUUUCAUUGAAUCAAAGAGUGGAACAACGAACACUCUGGAACUUUUGGAUAAUGGUGCAGGUGCUGAUUCUUUCAAGAACGAUGGUGUAUACUCCAGAUAUUUUACAAAUUAUACAGAAAAUGGCAGGUAUAGCUUAAAAGUACGGGUUCAAGGAGGAGCAAAUACUGUCACACGAAGCCUGAGGCAGCCAUUGAAUAAAGCUCUCUAUAUACCAGGCUGGGUGGUGGAUGCUCAAGAGUAUGUAAUAAGAAUAAGUGGAAGUAUACUUGAUCUAAGAGAUAAUUUUGAUGAUGCUCUUCAAGUAAACACAACCGGUCUGUCACCAAAGGAAGCCAACUCCAAGGAAACCUUUGUAUUUAGACCAGGCAAUAUCUCAGAUGAAAACGCAACACAUAUAUUCAUUGCUAUUAAAAGUGUAGAUAAAAGCAAUUUGACAUCAAAAACAUCCAACAUUGCACAAGUAGCACUGUUUAUUCCACAAGCAGACACAAGUCCUGAUGAUAAUCCUCAGAAUCCCGGUUCUGGUGGAAAUCAGAGCACUGGAAUCAACAUUACUGCCUUGGUGUUGUCAGUGAUUGGGGCUAUUGUGGUUGUCUGUAUUAUUGUAGGUACCACGACAUGCAUUUUAAGUAGGAAAAAAAAUUCCAGUGGAUCUAGGACUGGGUUUUAA